GAUCGAUUGAAGCACUGCUCCCCUCUCACUCGCCCUCCAAUCCCCUAACAUCCAAAAAAAAAUCUCAUUGGCUUCUAGGAUUUGAAAAUCUUAUGAGGGUUUAGUGGGCCCGUCGAUGCUAGUCUGCAUGUGCACACUACACGUCUACUGAUUUACAUAUCAAAUUUAUAAAAAAACCAGUUCUAGAUUUUUAUUCUUUGCAGACAUCAACUCUUUUAAGAAGCUGCACAUGGUAGCUUGGGAUAAAAUAUGCUUGCCCAAAUGCAAAGGGGGUUUGGGUUUACCUUAUAUAGCUGCUUUACAAUUCGCUUUCAACUGCACUGUUAUUAUCAGGAUUUACAACAUCCCUUCCCUUUUAGCUGAUUGGCUUUUCAAAAAAUACUCCUCUCCCUGGAUGCCUCCUCAUGCCUCUGCUUCUAAGUUCUAGAAAGCUAUUUGUAACACGGCCCAGAUGGUUAAAGGCUGUUUUAAAUUUAAAAUCACCCAAAAUGCUCCCAUUUCACUUACUUGGGAUCACUGGUACAAUUGUGGCACUCUUCGAGGCUAUCUGGGUGGGGAUAUUUUUGAUAAUAUGCCUGAUUUUGUGUUGAAGGAUCUCAUUUCUCAAAACAGCUGGGUUUUUCCUGAGGGAUUUCCUCACAUUCUGCGGGGUGUUAUUGAGAAUAUUUCUGGUAUUGGCGGUGAUGGGCCUUGCUUGUUUUGGAAAAACAGUAAUGUUCACAAGUAUAAACACUUUUUAGAGGAGUACUUCUCGGAGAUGCCUUCUUGCUUAUGGCACAAAAUGGUGUGGCACAAAAGGCAUAUUCUUAAACACUCAGUUUUCGUUUGGCUUGCAUUACAUAGGGGGCUAAAGACGGCUGAAGCUCUUCUUCUUAGGAACAUUCAGGUUCCUCGCACUUGCAGUUUAUGUUAUGAUAAUGAUGAAUAUGUUUCUCACUUAUAUUUUGAAUGCCCCUAUUCAUUUAAUAUUCUGCAUGCUCUUAUUCCUAGAAUGCAUAGCUUCUUUCCCCGGCCCAAUAUUUUGCAGGUUUUUGAUUGGUUGAAGGUUGCUUUUAAGGGGAAUGCCGUGGUUUUUAACUUUUAUAAUCUGGUAGUGCGCUGUGUGAUAUACUACAUAUGGAAGGAGAGGAACAAUAGGAGAUUUGGUAAUAAAGCUCUAUGCUUUACCUCUCUAUUGUUAUGCAUUAAAAGAGCUAUAUAUGAGAAGCACGCCAUGUCUGGACAAUGAUGAAUCUCCCUGUGCAGAUCCCUUGGACGGUCUUCGGGCAACUAGGGAAGUGUUCCUUUCGAUAAUUUUCUUGUUAAAUCCGAGUCCAGACGAUUAAGGCUUGGGAGCAUUUGGUCUCUGCUUUAUCUGUCAUGUUGUUGGGUUAUGAUGUUAGAUUCAUUUUUGGUUUUUCUUUUGUAUUUGAUCUUAUGAGAUCAGUUUUGUUAUUUUUUGAAGUUUGUUCAAGCUUUGGCCAUUUUUUGUUGGCCAUUUUUGCAGUAGUUCUGGUGUAAUCUUGAUGAGUUUUAUAUACGGGCAAUGCCCAAAAUUUUCCCAAAAAAAAAAAAAAA